AUGGCAGACAAUGUAGAACAGUGCCGAGUGGCCUUGCAGGAGAGCCCCCCUGGGGAUCCUCGCAGACCCGUAUCUCUCAGUAUCCUUGCCACCAGCCUUCGAGCCAGAUUCAAGCGGCAGGGUGUCCUGUCUGAUCUAGACGAGGCGGUUGAGCACUAUCGAGCUGCGCUAGAGCUUUGUCCCCCUGGCCAUUCAGAUAUAUCCAAAUUUCUCAGCAAUCUGGCCCUUUGCCUUCGGAACAGACUCAAGCAGGGAGACGGCCUGUCUGAUCUAGAUGAGUCUGUCGAGCUCCAUCGAUCUGCAUUGCUGCUCCGCCCCCCUGGCCAUCCUGAUCGAUCCACAUCGCUUAGCAACCUUGCAAUCAGCCUUCAAGACAGAUCCCAGCAGAGGGGCGUCCUGUCUGAGCUGUGCGAAUCCAUAGAAUUGCAUCGAGCUGCAUUAUUGCUCCGCCCCAUUGGCCACAUUGAUAGACCCACGUCUCUCAACAACCUUGCCAAUUGCCUUCGAGACCUAUUCCAGCAGCGGGGUGUUCUAUCUGAUCUGGAUGAGGCCAUUGAGCUCCAUAGAUCUGUAUUGCUGCUUCGUCCCCCUGGUCACACUCAUCGAUACAGGUCGCUCAACAACCUUGCCAACUGUCUUAGUGACAGAUUCGCCCAACAGGGCAUCCUGUCUGAUAUGGACGAGGCUAUUGAGCUCCACCGAGUUGCAUUGACCCUCUGUUCACCUGACCAUUCUUUUCAAUCCGGGUCUCUGAACAACCUUGCCAUAAGCCUGCAAACCAGAUUUGAGCAGCGAGGCACCCUGCCCGAUCUGGAUGAGGCCAUCGAGCUCUAUCGAGCUGCACUUGUUCGCUGUCCCCUCAACCAUUCUUAUCGACCCUGGUCACUCAGUAACCUUGCUGCCAGCCUUCGAGUCAGAUUUGCGCAGCGGGGCUUCAUGCCUGACAUAGAUGAGGCAAUCGAGCUUGCUCGAGCUGCCCUUGCGCUCUGUCCCACUGGACAUUCUUAUCGGUCACUCUCCCUCAAUACCCUUGCCAGCAGCCUUCAAACCAGGUUCGAGCAGCAGGGUGUCCUGUCUGACUUGGAUGAGGCAAUUGAGCUCAAUCGAGCUGCACUGCUGCACUGCCCCCCUGGCCAUGCUGAUCGAUCUGCAUCUCUCAACGACCUUGCCACUACCCUUGCGGCCAGAUUUGACCAGCGGGGAGUCCUGUGCGAUCUGGAGGAGGCUAUUGCGCUCGUUCGAGCUGCAUUACUGCUUUGUCCUCUUAGACAUCCUGACCGAUUCAUGUCUCUCAACAAUCUUGCCAGCGGCCUUCAGACCAGAUUCGAGCAGAAGGGCGUCCUGUCUGACCUGGACGAGGCCAUGGAGCUCCUUCGAGCUGCACUUGCACUCUGUCCCCCUGGCCAUUCUGAUCGACCAGGCUCGCUCAACAACCUUGCCAGCAACCUUCAUGUCAGGUUCGAGAAGCAGGGUGUCUUGUCUGACCUUGACGAGGCCAUCGAGCUCGCUCGAGCUGCCCUUGUGCUCUAUCCCCCUGGCCAUUCUGAUCGAUUCACAUCUCUCAACAACCUUGCUAGCAUACUUCAUUCCAGACCCGAGCAGCAACAUGGCGUCCCAUCUUAUCUGGAUGAGUCUAUCGAACUCCGUCAAGCCGCACUUGCAUUAUGUCCCCCUGGCCAUUCUCAUCGAUCUGCAUGUCUCAACAGCCUUGCCAUCAGCCUUCGAAAGAGAUUCGAUCAGCAGGGUAUACCAUCAGACUUGGACGAGGCUUUUAGGCUUUAUCUACAACUCCCCGAAGUAUCUCAUGCAGCCUCUCGUACUGAUCUUGAUGCUGCCAAGUCUUGGGUCACCUCCGCUGAGCAGCUGAAGCAUGGAUCUGCAUUACUUGCCUAUCAGACCUCAUUGAAAUUUCUGGUUGAGAAUGUGACUCUUUUGUCGUCGUCCUCACGCCAUUUCGAUGUGAUCAGGGAGGCCACUUCAUCCCUCGCAAUGGAUGCUUUCUCGUGUGGUGUCCGUCAUGGUACGUUGAUGACUGCCGUAGAGCUAGUGGAGCAAGGCCGUGCAGUAUUCUGGACUCAGUUGGCACGCUUCCGCACGCCGCUGGAUGAACUUUCCGCGUCAGGUAACACCGGCAAAGCCUUGGCGGAAGAGGUCAAGCAACUCAGCUUUCGCCUUCAUAAUAUGUUUGAUGCAUCUAUUGGAGACCAGUCUCAACACAUCCGGCAACUUACCAUGCAAUGGGAUGAAAUCAUUUCCCGCAUCCGCAUGCUUCCAGACUUUUCCCGGUUUCUCCUGCCUCCGCUAUUCUCUGAUCUGCAGAGAGCGGCAGAACAUGGUCCAAUCAUUAUUGUCAACGCUAGCAAGUACAGCUGUGAUGCCUUGAUUGUUCUGAAUACCCGGGAUCCUGUCCUCGUUCCACUUGAUAUUACCCAAAACGAAGUCUUCGGGUUGUCAUCCGAGUUCCAGUCCCUCACAAUGGGGGUUGGUUCGUCUGACCAUCGACUCGAGUUACACAAGAUUGUCAGCGUCCUCCGCAAGCUUUGGGGUCGUAUCGUUUGGCCCGUAGUCCAAGCUCUCAGGGAGUUCAUUCACACUGGUUCACGCAUUUGGUGGUGUCCUACCGCUGAUUUCACGCUGCUUCCCCUACAUGCAGCAGGACCCUACGAGAAGAAGAGCCAUAAUUUGUCUCACUUUUACGUCUCCUCAUACACUCCAACAUUGGCGGCACUCAUUCGCGCGAGACAGCAGGUUUCUCAAGAUGCGUCCAUUCAGCAUUUUAUUGCUGUUGGUCAAGCAAAUCCGGCUGGAGGAAAUGAACUUCGAAGUGUCCCCGCUGAGUUAGCUGUCGUAGCCCAGCAUGUCGCACCCAUGCUGCCCUUUACAUCGCUUGCAGAUAGCGGCGCAACAGUCCAGGGGACAUUAGAUGCAUUAAGCCAAAAUCAGUGGCUUCACCUGGCCUGCCAUGGCAUGCCGAACCGAAAACAACCAUUCGAGUCUUCCUUCGCAAUGCGUGAGGGGCCUUUGACGAUCAGGGACAUCAUCGGAUCUCGCUUGCAGAAUCCAGAAUUCGCAUUUCUAUCGGCUUGCCACACUACUGUGGGCGAUGAGUUGAGUCCAGAUGAGGCCAUCCAUCUCGCAGCAGCGAUGCAAUUCUCUGGAUUUCGCAGUGUAAUAGGUUCUAUGUGGUCUGUUGACGACGAUGUUGCCCGCCAGAUUGUUUCCACUUUUUACGAUAACCUGGUUGAUGGUUCAGGGAGAUUGGACUGCACACGUGCUGCGGUUGCAUUGCACAAGGCUAUGAAGACAUUGCGCAAGAAGAUUCCACUGGAACAGCAGAUUGUAUUUAUUCACAUAGGUGUCUAG